AUGCUUGCCCAGAAGGUCGAUAAUUCAAACCACCUCGUUGUCGCGUCCACGAUCGGCAUCGUGGUCGCCUUCCUGCUGUGGCGUCUCCUACGGAUUGGUUCUAGGCCGAGCGACUUACCCCCAGGUCCACCGACUCUGCCGAUUUUGGGGAACCUCCAUCAGCUCCCAAAGAAGAACCUGCAUGUCCAGUACAAGAAAUGGGCCGAAGAAUGUCCUCAACAAGAUGGCCCUAUCUUUUCUCUCAAGCUCGGCGAGCAGACGACAAUUGUGCUUGCCGAAGGCGGCGUAAUCCGCGACCUGGUCGAUCAACGAGGCUCAAAUUAUGCCGACAGGCCCGACCUGUGGGUACGCGGGCUCUUUGAUCAUUCCAGGAUUAUCAUGAGAGGCUACGACGAACUAUGGCGAAUGGAGAGGAAGCUGUAUCACGCUCAGCUCAACAUCUCAGUCGCCAAGAAAUACCUCCUCUACCAGGAGGUAGAAACACAUCAAAUGUGCACCGAGCUUCUGCGAGACCCCGUCAACUUCGUGCAAUACAUCGGUCGAAUGACUGGAAGCAUGGCGUCGAGCAUCGCUUACGGCUUCCGCCUGCCUGACGCUCAGAGCCCAUUGGCACAUGAGCUCCUUGAGAACUCGCACGGUUUCUUCCAUUGCGUGGUACAAUCUCAGUUGCUGGACUGGUAUCCAUCGCUCAGGCCACUUAUCGAAUUGGUGCCACGGAAGUGGAAUCCUUGGGCUAGGAGCGCCCUCGAAGCGUACGCCAAGGAGAAGAAGACUUUUGCCAGAGCAUAUGCCAUGGGACUGGAGAGCAAAGGGCAGUGUUUUGCGCGUGAUAUCGAAGCUUCGAAAGGCGACAUGGAACUUCUGACUGAUCACGCAGCUACAUAUGUCGCAGGUAUUGCGUUCGAAGGCGGCGCUGACACUACGAGAUAUACGCUUCAGGGCUUCAUCAAGGCGAUGGCAAUGUUCCCUGAAGUGCAGAGAAAGGCUCAGGAGGAGAUUGAUCGUAUCGUGCAAUCAGAUGAGCUCCCCUCAGGGAAACAUCUCAAGGAAAUGAAGUACAUCAAUUGUACAGCAAAGGAGACUGUCAGAUGGAUGCCCACUGCGAUCAAUGGAGCGAUACCCCACGCGGCGAUGAAUGAAGACCACUACCACGGCUACCGCAUCCCGAAAGGUGCCACAAUCGUACUGGCAGUGUGGUCAGCGAACCACAAUCCAAAGGACUUCGACGAACCGCGUGAGUUCCGACCUGAAAGGCAGGAUCCCAAUACGACUAUUUUCGAAUCACAAAACGUCGCCAAACCCAGCGAUCGAGGGCAGUGGGGUUUCGGGUCCGGAAGAAGAAUCUGUCCUGGCAUGCACGUUGCCCAUAACACUCUUUUACUGAGUAUUUCGCGCAUUUUGUGGGCUUUUGACAUACAGAAAGCCAAGGAUGCCGAUGGUAAGGAAAUUGAAAUUGAUAGAGACGCAUUUGUGGGAGGUCUUGCAGCAGCACCGGCGCCGUUCCAGUGCACCAUACGGCCGCGUAGCGAAGCACGAGCAAAACUGGUGCAGAGGGAAUGGGAGAGAAUCUCGGCUGAAUUGCUGGAUAGCGAGGGCAACUAUCGGUCUGCAGGCAAUUGA